AUGGAGCUGCUGGUCCUGCUGGUGCUGCUGGGGGCUGCGGCCAGCCCGGGGGGCGGCUCCGGCCCAGGCCCGCACUCGCUGCACUAUUUCUACACGGGGGUGUCAGAGCCCGGCCCUGGGCUGCCCGAGUUCUCCGGGGCCGGCUACGUGGACGGGCAGCUGGUUAUUACCUACUCCAGUGAGACGCAGCGCGCACAGCCUGGCACGGCGUGGAUGGAGCGGAACGUGGGCCCUGAGCAGUGGGAGCGGGACACGUGGAACUUAAGGGUUGCACAGUCCGUGUUCCGAGAGGACCUGGACAUCCUGCGCGGGCGCUACAACCAGAGCGGGGGAUUUCACACUUACCAACUGAAGUACGGCUGUGAGCUCCAGGGUGACAGCUCCACUGGAGGGUUUUACCAGUAUGCCUACGAUGGGCGAGACUUCGUCAGCCUGGAUAAGGACCGGGAGACCUGGGUGGCGGCAGAUGACGGGGCUCAGGUCACCAAACGGAAGUGGGAUGCUGACAGGAGCGACGCUCAGAGAUACAGAAUCUACCUGGAGCGAGAGUGCAUUAAGUGGCUAGGGAAGUACCUGGAGUACGGGAAGGAGACGCUGCAGAGGACAGAGCCACCGCGGGUGCAGGUGAGCGACCGGCCGAGCCGGGACGGGCUCACCACCCUCUCCUGCCGCGUCCAUGGCUUCUACCCGCGGAACGUGGCCGUCGUGUGGCUGAAGAAGGGGGUGGCCGUGCCGCAGGAGACAAACUGUGGGGACGUGGUUCCCAGUGGGGACGGGACCUACCAGACCCGGGCCACCAUCGAGAUCGACCCCAGCAGAGAGACCGAUUAUACCUGCAGCGUGGAGCACCCCAGCCUGGCUGCAGAUCUGAGAGUGCCCUGGGGGCCCAAGUCCAAUGUGAUGCUGAUCGUGGGGGUCGUUAUCGGGGUUCUCGUGCUGGUCGCUGCCGUCACUGGAGCCGUUGUCUUCCUCAGGAAGAAGAACAGCGGCUACAAAGCAGCUGCAGCUCACGAAGGCUCUGCCGGCUCUGGAAGCAACCAGGGAUCAGACACCUGUGUCAAGGCGUAACGGAGCCCGUCGGCCCCUGCGCAGCCGGAUGGGGGAUCCCAGACACGAGGGGAGAGACCGGAGCAGAUCAGGCUCCUGGGAAUGCAACAGCUCAUCAGUAUCUUCCACCACCUGCUUAAAGCCCUUUGCCUUGAUUGUACCCGAGCUAAACGUCUGGCUGUGAGAGAAUUGAACUCUCCGUGGCUGCAGACUGGCUGGGAUUUUUGGGGUUACUUAUUGUUUGAUUUCUAGUAUCAUGAGUUUGAAAAAAACAAAACUUAAAUUUACGAGGAUCUUGUUUGUAUAGAAAAAUAAGAGAGAUUGGCUGGAAUGAAUUGUUAGCGUAGUGCUGACUAGUGCUGUUUUCCUAAUGGAAGCAUUUUGCAGCAGGUCAGUGAUAUUGUUAACCCUCCAACAGGGGAGUCUGGGCAAUGUUAAGUAUAGCAAGGAAACAUUUCUUCUAUUUCAACUGUACGCUUUGAAUGUUGUUUGAUUUGAUUAACUGUUCCAAUUAAAUUGUCUCAACUAGUGCGAGUCAACAACUUUUCCUUAAAUGCAGUAAUGGGGAAAGAGUUAUUUCUAUUUUUCUAGUCUCUGUUCUUGUAUUUUCUUGUAACAGGUUUUUUUUGUUUUUUUUUAAAUCUAUACACGUAACUGAGUGGUGGGUUAAUCUGUUAGCUGCCUGGCUACCUGUGAUUUCAGCAGUGGAAGAGUCUGCCUGAAUUCCAGCUGAAGAGCCCUACAAGCCAGUGGAGGGAAGAUGUUGCUUUUGACUCAGCAAACUGGCUGGAUUUGGAGAUGAAAAACUGAGACUUGGGUGAACUCAUCCCAGGGGCGGCUCCAGGCCCCAGCACACCAAGCGCGUGCUUGGGGCGGCAUGCCGUGGGGGGCGCUCUGCCACUCGCUGGGAGGGUGGCAGGCGGCUCCGGUGGACCUCCCGCAGGU